AUGAGUGUCAAAGAAGAAAUUAUUCCUAUUACUUUAAAAGGAAAAUAUGCUGGUGGAAGUGAAAAUAGUCCGUUGACAAAUGAUGAUAUUUUGCGAUUAACAAAUCAACAAUCAAGUAUUAUUUACGGGCCGACACAAUUUGCGAUGAAGUAUCGAGUUCUUCCUUGCAUCAUGACUGAAAAAUUAGAGCAAGGAACUUACAAUGCUCAGGAGAUGUUUUCUCCUGGUCUCAACAGUAUCUAUGGACGUGCAAAUCGACAUCUACGGACUUCGAAACGCAAAAAAAACGGUUGGCGGCACAUGACAAGCACGAUCGAUUUUCUUGUUAAUGAAUACCAACUCGAUCCUGAUACAUUUUUCUACGAAUCAAGUUACGAUACAACCGAGAACAAGUCUUUAUUCACAAAACUUUACAUUGAUCUUGAAAAUUACGUUUCUAUUGAACUUCUAAAUGGCUUCACAAGUUAUGGCGAUGUCGAUAAUCCGAACAAUUUAGAAAAAGAUAAUGAAGAUAAAAGUUUCAAUUGUUUUAGUUCACUUCAAAUUUUUCAUGUGCCACAAACAGCCGAGCGAGCUCGAACGCUUCUUCAACAAUUAUCCAAAUUCAAAAUAUUUCCUGUUUCCGAAGCUACUUUACAAAUGGUUUGCCAUGACGAACGACGUGGUUUCUACACGUCAUCGAUUCACAUGAAGGAACCGCACAUUCCCGAUCUGAAACUUCAUUAUGGAGAUGACUUUCCAGAGAUUCACGAAGAACUUAUUGAAACGCUCCAAGAAGAAGACUCAACGGGUAUCACUCUAUUGCAUGGCCCGCCGGGCACUGGAAAAACCUAUUAUCUUCGUUAUCUCAUCAACGAAAUCAAAGAUAAGAGUUUGAUCUAUGUUCCACCAGAUAUGGUUAAAGACAUGACUAAACCUGGUUUUCUGCCAUUCCUGAUGAAAAACCCGAAUUCCAUUCUGAUUGUUGAAGACGCUGAAAACAUCAUCCGUGAUCGACAACACGAUUCCGUCUUUGCCAAUCAAGCUGUUUCGAAUUUGCUUAAUUUAUCUGACGGUUUGCUUGGCGAUGUGAUGCAUCAACAGAUCAUUUGUACAUUCAAUUGUGAUAUGACAGGAAUAGAUCCAGCACUUCUGCGUGAUGGGCGACUGGUGCUGGAACAUAAAUUUGAUAAACUGAGCAUCCAGAAUGCUCGUCGUCUCUGUGUGGAAUUAGGAAUAGCGAACAAAGGCGAGGAUAUCGCUGAAUCGAUAACAAUCGCUGAAAUCUAUGCGCGAAAGAAUGCACUAGUGGAAGUCACGGCAAAUAAUACAGAGAAUGGCGAAACAACAACAGUUCGAACAAAACGGCAGAAGAAAAAGAAAGCACAAGACCCUUUGUUUGGCUUUUAUUCAUAA